CAACUAUUCGAUGUACAACAUUGGCCUGCUUAGGACUAGCUAGCUAGCUAGCCACAUGAGCGGUAAGGGACCUUCAGAGGAAUGCCGAAGAAGUUCCAAGGCGAGAACUCCAAGUCAGCCACCGCAAAGGCCCGCAAAGCAGAGGCCAAGGCAGCGGCAGACGCAAAGCGUCAGAAGGAGCUGGAAGAUGCGCUGUGGCAGGAAAACGACAAGCAUGUACUAAAGAAGGAGCAGCGUAAGGAUGACAGAGAGAAGAAGCGCUUGGAGGCCCUGGAGCGGAAGAAGGAGAACCAGCGGCUCUUGGAGGAGGAGGAUGCCAAGCUGAAGGGCAAACUGACUAAGGAACCCACCGGGGGCAAGGUUACCCGGGCACAGAUUGAAGAGACCCUACGUAAUGAGCAGCAGACGCAGCAAGAGUCUAAGGCGAAAGAAAAGAGCCAUCUGGAGACCCCCUUGGAAGAGAAUGUGAAUCGCAUUGUUCCAGAGGAGGGUACAGUGGAGGCCAGAACCAUCGAGGAUGCUAUUGCAGUGCUCAGCACGGCGGAUGAGGUGGACCGUCACCCGGAGCGCCGCAUGAAGGCAGCCUUUGCUUCGUUUGAGGAGCUGCACAUGCCCCGCCUCAAAAAGGAGAAUCCUAACAUGCGGCUGUCACAGCUGAAGCAGCUACUCAAAAAAGAAUGGAUGAAGUCUCCUGACAACCCCCUUAACCAGCGCUUCGCCAUGUAUAACACCAAGUAAAGAAGAAGAAACAAGCAAACAAAAAAAAAAAAAAAAAAACAAUGAGAGAGAGCUGCAUACCAGCUGUACAGUUGUGACACGGAUAAAGAUAGCCAAAACAAAUGAUCCCAUUUCCUUUUCAAAAGAAAAAAGCAGCACCCACACCCAAGAUUCUCUGUUCUCCUCUGUCCUGACAACUCGCCACUGAAAUUUGGUCAAUGCAAAAGCUGAGCUGGGAAAAGCAGACAUCCCCAAUGCCGAAGCGCAGUGUCAUAUCCUCUGUGCUUUCACACUCAUGCCUUUCUCUCUUCAGUACCACAGCACUGCACAGCCUUUUCUGGACUUUCACUGUUUACUACAACGUUUGGGUCUCAUCCAGCUGAAGCAGUGGAUUCAGCUUGACUACAGAUCAUUGGGGAGCUGGGGGAGGGGGUCUGUCAUCCAAACAAAUAAUUGAAUGGUGGUUAACGGCACUACUACAUCUGUAGGUUCUGUAAUGAGCCAGAGGGGAUUUCAGACUGUAGGCAUAAACUGCUCUUUCUCCGUCAGUCCUCCAUCAUCAUUGUUGUGCACACACACUGUGGGGGAUCCCAGCAAGUCAGGGGGGUCUCUCCUCAGGUAGUACUCCACUGCUGAGCUGUGCUCACCAGCUGCACCAACAUGGCACUUGUCAGCAGUCUGCAGUGAAAUUACCCAUCUAAUAUUUAUUAGCAGCUCAGUUGCUUAUGAUUGAAAGGUAGCUUGUUACAUAAAUGUUCUAACAGUGUAUGCAUCUAGCAAUUUUGAACAGAUUAAAAAAAAAAAAA